AUGACAUCGUUCCGCAUCACGGCCACAACAAGGAAUCAGCGCCUAAAAAGCCCGAGAAGCUAAAUUUCAGCUCAGAUCGGCUCUUUACUAUUGGCCAAGAAGGGAUAUCUCCAUGGCGACUAUACUAGGAGGCCUCACCCCUACUCCAGGGACGAGGCGAUGACCGCUCUCCUCACAGUACGAUGGAGAGCCCUUGCAGAGCCGGCGGGUAGGGAGAUGAUGGGAAGCCAGGGACACCUUCAAACAGCGAGUCUAUCUGCGAGACCUGGAUCUGAGAUACGAAAGAUAGGAUGAUCGUUCAAGUGGGCAGAAGUGGGCCCGCCCUUGGUCACAUUUAGUCCUGCGGCUGGUUUCCCAGACUCCCAUCACAGCGCGUUGCCAUGCCAACACGCCGCUUGUUGAUGGAACCGUGGGUGUAAUUGAUAGAUCGCCAAUGCGCUCACUGGCCCGCUUCAAGGUCCGGACCUUUACACUUAUUGAGUUUCAUUCCUGCUCUUCUCUUCAACCCUUCAAGUUCAGCAACUUUGGACCUUUGACGAGACUGCCAUUACUGCUUGCAGGGCGUCGGUGAUACUCUUACACUACAAAAAGCAUACACAAAUCUACUUAAAAAACAUAUCGCUAUUGACAGCUGAAGUUCUCUGCUUGAGGCUCUAGCGUCAAUUUCCCUUUCGGCUUCUUUGUUUUAGUUGUUGCGUUGAUUAAGUCGUGUUCACAGACUAACACCGUGACAGGGCCGUGAUCACCGAGAGGCUGGAUAGCCAUGAUUUCCACCAACUCAACGUCGCUGCGACCCGGUCACCACCGCCGUCAACUCUCGACUCCAGCACCCUUUGACGCUGCAAUCGCACCGCAAGCCAUGUCUGCAAUCCCAACCCGCCGAACGCAUCGCCGGGGACAGACCAUGGAUUACGGCUCGUACGGUCAACAGAUUCCCGCAGUUGACCGACGACAUGCCUCAAAAACAGUCCCGGAGCUUCGAGACUUCUUUAACGCAAAAUCAGCAGGUCUUCCUCAACAGGCACGGAAUGCGCAACAGUUCCCCGCCUACAUUUCACGAUCAGAACAGUCUUUCAUCCAAAACGGAUUCCCUGUGCCGCAACAACACUAUCAAUAUCAGUCAUCACCAAUGUGGAGCCAAGAGGAACUGCAGGGUCUAUACUCGGCGUCCGCUGCCUCAAGUACCUCAGCAACAACAAUCGCCCCCGCUCUUUCGAGAUCCGCUAGUGAAAGCUCCGACAAGAAUGCUUCGUUACAGAGCGCCCUCCAUCGUAUGCGCCAGGAGCGUAAUCUCUCAAUGAUGCAAAGGGAGCAGGCCACCGGAUACCCUCGAGUGAUGCAGCCACUCUCUGUUCAACCAGAGGGUAUUUCCCCCAAGAUGAACCCUUAUCUUUCUUACACUUCCCCCCUUACCCCCGAGUCUACCCCGAUGAAGGGAUCCUUUGAUUUUACCAUGUACAGCAAUGACCAGACCCCCACCAAGUCCCAAAGCUUUUCAAUCCCCCGUACCCCAGUUAGCUCCGAAAUGCAGAGAGCCCAGUCCUACCAGGGCGCCUCUCUGGCUAGUCCCGUGCAGCUCAAGCAUCAUAUCCCUUCCCCCGCUGAAUCGCCCUCUGUCGCCUUCGCCGAACUGGCCGCGAUGCCCUCCCCUGGCUCCUGUGGCCUUUCUGAUGUCGCCGAGACCCCUUCUCUGGGUGGCCGUCAAGAGCGCGCCGACUCGAUCGAGUCCUCGCUCAUGCCAUCAGGAUCCGACUUCGAGGCCGAGCCUAUUGAUGAUUUCGACCUAGAUGCUCGUGUCAAGGCAUCGGUUCGAGAGACGGGUGUCUCUAAUGACGAGAUCAACAAGUACAUCUCCGGCCCCGACCCCAAGGACGGAAAGUGGGUUUGCUUGUGGCACGAUUGCGAGAAUUGUCGCUUCGGUCGCAAAGAGAACAUCAAGUCCCAUGUGCAGACCCAUCUCGAUGACCGGCCCUACAAGUGUGACGUUUGCGAUAAGAAGUUUGUUCGAGGUCACGAUCUUAAGCGCCACCUGAAGACUCACACUGGCAAGAAGCCGUUUGCCUGCCGCUGUGGUGCUAGUUUCGCUCGUCAAGAUGCUUUGACCCGCCACCGCCAGCGUGAUAUGUGCGUUGGAGGUUACAAUGGGCAUACCUUGAAGACCACCAGACGUGGUCGGCCACCCAAGAAGAACCGACCCGAUAUCGAAACCCGUCAGACCAAGUCCACCCGUACCCGUCAACGCGUUGCCCAGAAGACCGAGUCCUUCACACCAAUCAAGACCGAGGGCGCUCUUCUUCAGGAGGCCCCCGUUUUUGCAUCGCCCAACUAUGCUCCAUCCAACAGCCUGUCCUCGUUCACGCCGCCUACCUCCCCCGGUGCUAGUCUCAAUGAUGCCCCGUCGCCACUGCCAGCUGGAAACUCCUUCACGUCCCAAUUCGAAGACGAUCUGCUUCCACCUCUGUCGCCUCCACAAAUGGCUCACGCCCGAUAUGAGCAAGCCAUCGCUCAGUUCAACCCAAAUAUGAUGGGAACAUCCUCUUCUCAGGAGUAUCUCUACAGUGACCCUGCCCUUUCUCCUCACGAUAUGUCUUCGCCGCACAGCCCACCUACCCUGGCCGAGUCCUCUGUAGGCUCAGAGGUUGAUUUCUUUAUGACUCAAGAUCCUUCGGAGCAAGUGCAGGAAGAGUUCGGUAACAUCACCACCCAGGCUCUGUCCAGUUUCUCCAACACUUACUCUUACGUGGAUUCGUCCGAUUUCCCCACCUCAUCAUUCUACACCGACAUGCCCGAGAAGAGUUUCUCUAUCCUCAACCCCCUGGACGAUCCCUAUUCGGAAAUUGACUCGCUCUCCAAUGAGUUCCUGGUUGAUCCUUGAUGGUGGCCUAUAAUCCUCCGCUGCGACGUUUUAUGUUCUCGACCAAAAGCAUGACUUAGACGAUGUGACUACCUUUUUUUCUUCUUUCUGGCGCGGCGCAAUUCUGCGAUGACACGAUACGAGCUUGUACGAUCUCACGAUGCACGAUUAAACACGCGACUCCUCCUUUUCGGGACGCCCACCGACUCGGCUUUCUUUGCUGGUUCUCUCGGGAUACGAUAUUCUUCCCCUGCACAUUCAAACUUUAGCGCACAUGACAAUAUCCCUUCUCAGGAAGGGGUUCGGGAAUCUUUCUGGUGUAACUUGGGUCCUGGGAGUACUGACCAUUGCUUUUUCUCAUCCCCCCCAUAUCUGUUUGCCCACUUACCCACCUGAAUUAUUUGUAUUCCCUCUUCCGUUUCACAUUCCUAUUUUCGAACAUGGUGUUUUUUUUCUUCUUCUUCCCCGGUGGCUUUCUUGCUACUUUUGGGACUGCUGGGAUUGUUAGAUUGCCUUACGGCACGCUUCUUUUUGUUUCGCUCUCCCUUAAUGCCCUUCCCCUCCUUACCAUUUGAUUUGUACUUCAUGGGUUCUGAAUGGAAUUGCCUGUAGCUAGCUAUAUGCGGGCAGACUUCCCCGGCGUAUUUUUUCAGUUGCUGUAGCGAAGCGUGCUUGAUAUUGUUAGCUUGUAUCUUAGACUUUUUGUUUUUCCUGUUGGCAAAUGUGCGACCAAUUACAGUUUACUGUCACUCC